CCAAUCCAAACCAGCUCACCCCAGCCCAAACUCAAAAGUUAAAAUCCCUCAACCUAAACCACUCCUUAUAAUCUCUUCUGCAAUCGCAAGGCGCAUCACACUCCCGUAGCAGUCGCAGCCCCUCCUCCACCAAAUCAAGCCACCGAAGCAAGUUGUCGGCCCCUCUACCCACGUUAACGCAAGUCGCGACCGCCUCUCGAUCCGAUGAGUUGGUAAUACUGAGGAUUGGAGACUAUGCAGAGGUCAUUGUGCUGAGAUUUAUUGUUUUGAGUAUGAGCACAGGUGAAAAGAGGCGAUUGAAUGGAGAGGCUGAAGAAGAAGAUGAUGAUGACAUAGAUGGUGGACUCGAUGCAUGGGAGAGGACUUACACCGAUGAGAGAUCAUGGGAGGCUCUGGAAGAGGAUGAAUCAGGACUGCUUUGUCCUAUAGACAAUAAGGCCAUCUACCAUGCUCAGUAUCGGCGACGCCUUCGUUCCCUUUCUGCCAAUGCUGCUCGCAUCCAGAAGGGCCUUAUUCGCUUUCUUUAUAUCGUUGUUGAUCUCUCCAGGGCAGCAUCAGAGAUGGAUUUUCGGCCAAGUCGAAUGGUUGUGAUCACAAAACAUGUUGAGGCUUUUAUUAGGGAGUUUUUUGAUCAGAAUCCACUCAGCCAGAUUGGUUUGGUAACUAUAAAAGAUGGGGUUGCACAUCCCUUAACGGAGCUUGGUGGGAGUCCAGAGUCCCAUAUUAAGGCUUUGAUGGGAAAGAUGGAAUGCUCAGGUGAUUCCUCACUACAGAAUGCCUUAGACCUUGUCUGCGGAUAUCUUGAUCAAAUUCCAUCAUAUGGUCACCGUGAAGUCCUGAUCUUAUAUUCAGCUCUCAGUACCUGUGAUCCAGGAGAUAUAAUGGAGAGCAUCCAGAAAUGCAAGAAAUCUAAAAUAAGGUGCUCAGUUAUUGGUCUUUCUGCAGAAAUGUUUAUAUGCAAACUCCUCUGUCAAGAAACUGGUGGAUUAUACUCUGUUGCAAUGGAUGAGGCCCAUUUCAAAGAGUUAAUGCUGGAUCAUGCACCGCCACCUCCAGCAAUAGCAGAAUUUGCUAUUGCUAACUUGAUUAAGAUGGGUUUCCCACAGAGGGCAGCCGAGGGCUCUAUCGCUAUAUGUUCUUGUCAUAAAGAAGCUAAAGUGGGUGAUGGUUACAUUUGUCCAAGAUGCAAGGCACGUGUAUGUGAGCUUCCUACUGAAUGCCGGAUUUGUGGAUUGACACUGGUUUCUUCACCCCAUUUGGCAAGGUCCUAUCAUCAUCUCUUUCCCAUUACACCAUUUGAUGAGGUGUCUCCACGGCAAAAUACGCCACUUCAAAGACCACCAAAAACUUGUUUUGGCUGCCAACAGAGCCUCCUCAAUCCUGGCAACAAGCUUGGCCUUUCUGUUGCUUGCCCAAAAUGCAAUCAGUACUUCUGUGUUGAUUGUGAUAUUUACAUUCACGAGAGCUUGCAUAACUGCCCAGGCUGCGAGAGUUUCAGACAUUCAUAGACGCGAUUAGCACUGAUGAAAAAUGAGGAAUUUUUGCUCCAACUUUUAUGUCUUCCAGAGGCCAUACAGCUAUGAUUAUUGUUCUAGUACUGGACCUUCAAGCCAAGUCUGAGCAAGUUCAGGGCAUACAUCCCAUCUAUAAGAUCAUCAGCUUCAGAAGCGUAGAUGAUUAUCUUGGCCUAGAUGGAUGAAAUUAAAUGUAUUUGCAUAUCCUUUGUAGCCUUUUUUCAUUUUUCCUCAAUCUCAACUUUUGGUAAUGCAAACAGGAAGAAUUGAAACGUAACUUGCUUAUUUGCGGCUGUUAUGAUGCUAGAUGUGGCCAAUGUGUUGAACUCAUAUUAGAACCAGUAUCCAUUUCAAUUUUCAGGAAUAUCAGGACCAAAAUUGUAUCAGGCUUUUGAAUUUUACAUCGAUUUUAAUUUAA